UUUUUCUUUAAUCGUUUUUUCUGAAACAUGGCGAGAGACAGAGACCACAGCCAACGCGAUCUGGCUCAGCUUCAGGCAGAGCUCGAAGAGGAGAAAGAGACCAAGGACAUGCUGGAAGAGUCGGUUUCUGAUCUGCGGAACACUAUGUUUGAAUUGCAAGAAAAACUGCACAGUGUUGAUGAGGAGGGAAAUGAGUGGAAGACAAGGUAUGAGACUCAGGUAGAGCUGAAUGCACAGCUGGAGAGGCAGAUUUCAUUUGUUCGUGGCAGACUGGAGGACAUAAGUGGGAAUCCCAUGGAUCGGCUGGCUUCUAUCAGAUCAUAUGAUGACAUGUCAGUGGACAUGCUUAAACAGCGCCUUAAACUCCUGACCGAUGAGAAGUCUGAACUUCAGAGUCAACUGAUGGACUGUCAUCUUCAAAUUGAACAUGAGGCAAAGGCAUUUCACAAAACCAAUGAUGAGAGGCGGGCAUACCUUUCAGAAAUCUCUAAGGUAUCUUCUACCAGUGAGGCCCAAAGAAGACAGUUCCUCACCCAACGACAGAGGGAACCGAGGAGAAAACAGAUCAGAGGGAAGCAUACUGGCAGGAAGGCAGAGGCUGAUUCUAAGAAAGGAAAAGAGGAGAAAGAAGACAGAGGAGGAGAGCGUUUGAACGGAGGCGGUGGGGAGGGCUCAAAAACAGAGCCAAGACAAAACGGCAAAUCACAGGGGGCGAGCCGGUUGCCCACCCUAAAGCACUAUCUGAAAUACAGUCCUUAACCAAAACAUGGUGUUCUUGAUGCUUUUAAAACAUGUGUAAGGUUGUUGUUUUUUUACGGUGUACUCUGGUUGGAAUGAUUGUUUAAUGAUUUAAUUGAAUUAUUGAAAUCAUGAGCUUGUUUGUUUUGUUUAUAUUACAUAAAAAGGGCCUUAUGUGUGUUGUA